UUGUUCAUUCUGUUCCCAACCCAUGAACCCUUGCGUAAACGAUCACCGUGAGAGGACAAACAGCGGAUAGAGCUGCAUUAAACUAUAUUUAUAUAUACAUAUUCACACACAGGGGCUUUGGGUAACCCUAUAAGAUGAGCAGGAUUGCUGCAAUCCUACGGCGUGGCUUCGGAGUAGUACGCGAGCACGUCGGGACCGAUCAUUUGGGGAACAAAUAUUACUUAAUCCCAGAGCAGAAGACAUGGACAGGAAGGAUUGUCCGUGCCAAGCGGAUAGUAGAAGCAGCCAAUGCUAAAGAAUAUGAAUAUAUGGAAGGCAGCAUUCCGAUGGAGUGGGACGCUUGGAUCCGAGGCAGACGGAAGGAGCCCCCCUCCAUCGAGGAGCUGCUGAAGAACGAGUCCAACAGGGAGCAGAUAAAAACAAAAGCCAAGGAGGUGGAGGAGAAAGAUCGGGCUCUGCUGGCUAAAGAGUACAAGGAGGGUCUGGUGGCGACUCCAGCAAGGAUUGCAGCCAAGGGCCACGCAGCUGCCACCAGCUUCGACAAGCAAGAAUUCAACGAGGAACCAACCAGCACUGCAAACACGUUCCAGCCUGGCUCCUGGAUGCCCACUUCCAAGAAAGACUAAUCCAAUCAACAAAAAGGGGCCCUACAAUAAAAUUACUUGAGAUUUAAUAUUGGAAAUUCCUUCCAGUACAAUGUCGUCAACGUCCCCAUAAAUUUUGGGUGUUUAUUGAAUUAAACUAAGUUCAUGCUGGUGAAAGACUGAAUGAUAAAAAACUAAACAAAAUGAAUAAAUUGCACUGAGGACAAAUACAAACAUCUUUCAGGGAAAGUGAAAUAAGUAUAAUUAUUAAAUGUGGUUACAUUAAAUGAACUGUUGUCUCUUUGUUACAGAAUAUUGAUUUGAAGAUCACAAAUAAUAAUAAUAAUAAUGUUGCAGCUUAUGGAUUUAAAGACAUUCUUCUCUCACUUAUGUUGACAGUAUAUGUUGGGCAGACACGGUUCUGUGUAAAGUCUUGAGCUACUCCUGAUUUCUUUAUUUUGCUGGGAAACUGGGAAAUAGAUGCAGCUAUUUAUCUGAAAUGUGCAAACCUAUAAAAAUACAGUAAACUUGGCAAAAAAGUCGAUAUUUGGUAUUCCUGCCUUUAUUCUUCAGAACAGCCUGAACUCUUUUAGGCAGGUUUUCCUUGUAAUUUCUACAGGAAUACUUCUUGAAGGACAUUUAAAGCUCUUCUUUGGAUGUUGGCUGCUUUUUGCUCUGUUUUCUGUCCCGAUGAUCCCACCCUGCUUCAGUAAUAUUGAGGUUUGGGCUCUGGGGAGACCAAUCCAUGACUGAUAGUGUUCCAUUGUGUGUUUUUUCUAUGCACGUAUAUUUUUUACUGCAUUUGAAAUGCAUUUGGGAUGAUUUUCAUGCUGAACAACGGUAUUGCAUGGAGGAUCAUAAUCUGAUGUUCGUAAUUCCAUCAGUUUUAUUAAGAUCUCCAACAUCAGUGGUUGAAACGCAGCUCCAAACCAUGACAGAGCCUGUGCUGUGUUUUGCAGAUGGCUGUAGAUGUUCACUGUUGUAUCUCUCUCCUGACCUCCUCUGUACAAUGCUCAUGACGAUUUAACCCAAAAAUGUCAAAUUUGCAUUCAUCACUGAAUUUUCAGUCUAGUUCUUGUAGAAUAACUCAGCCUUUUCUUCCUGUUUCUCUUUAAGCAUAGAUUCCUCACAGCCACCCUUCCACUGAGACCAUUUAUGAUGAGACUUUUGCAUCUGUGUCAGAUCUUUGCUGCAUUUUUUUCCCCCAUUUCUUAAGGACAUAACUUUCAGAUACCAAUCAUCUUCGAUAGAUAGUUUUGUUUAAGGCUGUCACUUCUUCUUUUGUCCAGAUUCUUUAAGGGCAAACUGCUCAGCAUGCCAAAAUAUUCCUAUUUGUCACCAUGUUGUUGCAAAAAUACAAUUUUACACCUCUACAAACCAUGUUGUCUUUGGCAGUUUUCAUAGAUUCUACUACAGAAAUGGUAAUGAUGUAUUUUUGUGACAGGCUGCUAGUAAUAAAGUGCAUAGAGGUACAAUUUGAAAUUGUUUUUUUUUCUUUGUUAUGUGUAGACACAACAGUGGUUCAUCCCUAAAGUUAUAGGAGUCUUUUAAUGCUUGGAUGAUUCAUUGUAAAGUUAGUGGUUAGUGGCUUACCAAAUUUUUUAAAAAUCCUCUGAAAUGGUCAAAGAUAUACUUUUGCUCUUUUUAUUGGAUACUAAGUAGAGAUGGACAGGAAAUUGGGGAGAGAGAGAGGGGAAGACUGUUAGCUUAAAACAGUCUUCCUUCUCAUGUCUGUCAUUCUAAAAGCAGUCAUGAGACAUCAGUUCUCUGAACGCAGGGAAGUAAAACUAAGAAACAGAAAACAGUUACACUAAACUGCUUUGACUGCCUCUUUAUAGGCUCACGAGUACUCAAAGCCAGUCGCCAUCCAUAAAAAUACCAACCCCUGUGGACUUUUGAAUGUUUUAUUUUACAACACUGAAUCAAAGCGAAGGUUCACUUUCUACUUAUAAACAAAAAUAAAAAAUAUCUAAUAAAAUGAGCAAAGGUCUGCAUCCAAAUUAAAAGCAUACAGUACAUGAAACACGAGUUGUUUAAUAUGUAAUCCUGGUUUACUAUUUUUAAAUUGAUAUUUAAUAAAGGCACACCUGUUAAAUAUUACUUUUCACCUUCCUGUACCGCAGAUCAUGCUGAUUUGUUUGAUGCUUUUAUAUUUUAGAACUCCAUAAUCAACAAUAAGACCUUGCACAUACAGGAGUAUUACCCUUAAAUGCACUUGCUGUCACCUUACUGAACAUUGCGAGCCUACUUUUUU